AUGUUCAUCGCUCGAGCCACGCUCGCGAUCACGACAUUUGUCCUGAGCUCUCUCGACGACGUCUCGGCGUCGACGCUCACGAUUCCGGUGCGCGCGCUCGUCGGUGAAGACAUCUUCGAGUCGUCCAGCGCGUCGAGCGUGCGCGUACCCUCGAGCGUCUCUCGACUCGGUCUCACCCUCGAGCGCGUUCGCGUACCGAGUGGCUCCAUUGCCGUUCGAGCUCCCGGACCCGAUCGCGUGUUCAGGGCGUACGUGUAUGCGACGAACGAGACUUUGCUCAGACUGGAGAAGCGCCGGUCGAGACCGAGCGCGCGCGUUGACGACUCGAUCGGUGACUCCAUCGAGCGCAUGCUCGCUGCUCGCGCGAUAGAGCGGAAGACAAGUCACGCAAUCACGAUCGAUGACGGCUGGCGCGUCGUCGACGACGUCCAAGGCGUGGGUGCGAGCGCUUGGGUCGUGUUUGACGCAUGCGACGACGCCUGGAUCGACACCGAGCCAAAGCGCGCGCUGGAGUAUCGAAUCGCCGCUUACGAGACGACAAUGAACAACGACGACGCGCAAUCGCGAGGCAAUCGAUCACAUAUCGUUGCAUACGUCGCCGUUGCCGACAUCGUCGCGGGAGGCCAUCGAUGCGAACGGUCGCAUCGUAGCCGCCCGUGA